ACUUCCGAAAUAUUAGUCUAAAGAUAGACGAGUACUUCCGCUCUAACUGGUUUGCUAGCUGCAUGUAAACAAGAUGGAAUUAUAUCUGGACUACUAAAAGAGCUGUUUCAUGCAACUCCGAGAAGUGUGGCUGUUUAUACGUUACGAAGAUUUCCAAAGAGAGCUGAAAAACUAAAGAGCUAGUACGUUUAGCUAACAUUCAGUCUUAAGUGUGCAAGCAUGCAAUGAUAGUUUAACGAGCUAACCUAGCUAUCUUUUGCAAAGUUAUUGCUAUUUUCCUAGCCACUGAUGCAUUAUAUUAAUGUGUGAUUUGUGACUACUAAUAGCGCUAAAUUAACAUCGCACACGCUAGCUACCUAACACUAGCUGUCUAGCUAAAAAUGAAAUGGUCUUUGUUAGCACUGUGCGCUUAAGACAGAAUAAGUCGCAGUUUAGCAUCUGAAAAUCAGCUAGCUAAGUCCAACACUGAUUACAACGUAAUUUAAGUUACGUUGUACAGUAAGACGAAAUGUGGGGUGAAAUCCAGUCAUGCAGCAAACCUGUCGUUCCGGCAUACUGCAAGGAACAUAGUCACAAAUCGGCUGGUGACGAGCUGGAUCAUGAUACUGGUGACUCUGCCUCAAGUGUGGUUUGCUUGCAGUCUUCAAAUCUCGAGAGUCAGGGGAGUGACGUCUUUUCCCAGGGGUGUUCUGGAAGUCUCAAUGCAAUGAUAGAAGCCAUAGCAAAUAGUGGGACUCCAGUGAAGAGCCAGCAGCUAGGAGAGCCUGACCUUACUUUGGAGGAAAAAAAGCAAGUCUUAAUGGAACAAUAUAAAACCAAACCCUUAGUCUUUCUGGAGCGUUAUCAUGCACAUUUAAAGCCAGAGCACUUGGAGGCCUUCUCUCACCUGAGCACUGACUGCAGGGCACAGUAUUAUUGUAAAGAAGUUCAGAAAAGGACAUCCAGUUCUUCGAGCAGGACGAGGGUUCGUAACCAACGCUACGCAGCUCUCCGUGCACUUCAGAAAGAGGGCCAGUACUUCAGUGAGGAGCAAAUGCGCAUGCGAGAGCCCCUGCUGUAUGAGCAGUACAUCGGCCAGUACCUGAGUGAGGAGGAGAUUCUCCAGCGUGCCGAGGUCACCAUGCAACAAGGUCUGGGAGGCCUUGCCGACCUGCUCAUCAACUCCUAUCAGGAGAAACAACUCCAAGAGCGCCUGCAGGAGGAGCAGAACAGAGAGCACUGUGCUGAGGAGGAGGAGGAGGAAGAGGAUGAGGAUGAGGACGAAGUAGGGGAUAAUGACAGAUCCAGACAGGCAGAGUGGGAGCCAACAGCAGAAGAGAAAGCAAUGCUGAGAGAGGAGUUCCUGAGUCAAAUGCAUCAAAGCUUCUUGGAUGGCAAAGACAAAGACUUCAACUACAGUGAAGUGGAUGAGAACCCAGAUUAUGAUAACCUGGACAUUGUAAGCCGCGAUGCAGAAGAACGAUACUUUGAUGAAGACGACAAUGAGGAAGAGGAGGAAGUCGAGGAGGAGGAAGACAACAGUAUGAUGUAGUAUUUGAAUGGUUGACUAAAAGCAGUCACAUUUAACAAUCACACCUAUUUUAAGGGUAAAUACUGUUAAAUGAAAGGGGUGAGUCACAGCAUGAAUAAAAAAGAUUUGUCAUGGUAAGAAUUUUUUUUAAACACUGCAAAUGCAGUUAAAAUAAUCUAUAGAUUUUUUUUUAAUGAGUAGUCUGGAUGCAUUGCUGCAUUCUUGAGAGUACUAUUUAAAUGCAUUGUAUAAUAUGCAGUAUUGAGUACUGAGGUGGCUUGAAAUUCUAAACUGUUCUAUAUAGAAAGAUAUGUAGGUAGAUCCUGCAGCUGCAGACAUUAACAUGUAAUAACAUGCUAUCACCAAGGUAUAUGGUUCUCAUGGGUGUAGCAUGGUAUCUAUUGUUUCAAUACAGUAUGAAAAUGGCAUGUGAACUCUUACCCGUUUUUAAAAUGAGAACUCAUUUGCUUUCAUGUUUAACAUACCCUGUUGCAACUCUCCUGUUAUCACAUCAGGUGGAAAAAAUGAACCAUGAUAAAGGAGUAAAUACUUUAUUAGCAUUUUCAUUGGCAUAACUAUCUUCAGUUAUAAUUCUACACAAGAAAAUACAAAUUAAAUACAGAUUCACAGGCUAUUUGUCAGACAUAACAUGUCAAUGUUGGACAUAAGACAAAAAUAAACUAAGAUGAACUGAAA